AUUAUCGACGCCAUUUUCUUUUUGUCAAACUGACAGCUUUCGCUGCUGAUGUAUUUUGUCGCAGGAGUUGUACGAAGAUUACAUCGGUUGAGACGGCAUUGAGCUUUUCAUAAGCUAUGAAUCAUAUCAAUUUUAAGCAGAGAACCCGUAUGCAGACAACUUAAAAAGAUUUUAACUGUCUGCUGAGUGCUAAGAAAUGCGUCAUUCGAAGUAGUUGCAAAAGUUCUACAUGAAUUUCUAAUUACGGACUAUUGUCGCAAAAAGUGCUGCCAAUUUCGCUAAAACGGCUGUGAAAUGGAAUAACAUUAGUUAGGAUAUUAAGGCCCGAGGACUUCACGGCCUUAAAUAACGCCUUUUUGGAUGCGAUGUACGUAUGCCAACACGGGUAGCUGUAAAUUUACCUUUGUAUUUAUUUGAAAUCUUAUCAAAAUACUUAUCAUAAUAUACAAAACGUCAGUUUUAUCAACCAAAUGGGAAUUUGUAAGACGCCAUGUUUAUCUGAUGAGCUUAACAGAAAUAUAUCGAUUAAUGCAAGCUCGAUAAAUCGCUAUUCGCCUUGACGCGCGCCCCGAUAAUAUAUCGAAAUCUUUCUUCUCAGCUUGAAGGCGAAAGCACAAGGUGCUGCGCAACGUGUGCGCGACCAAAAAUACCUUGAUAGUUUUGUCAAAAGCAGCAAAAACUGUUGUGUCAGAUCAUAAACAAAUCACAAUUUAAUGCAGGCAAAGCAUUUACAGUAAACCCUGAAGAGUUGUCGGUUGAACGGUACUUUAGCAGCUCUAAUUGAUUUGCCUAAUAAAUUUGCCAUUUACCUUGGAAAAGGGAGCACCAAGCCCAAUUUGCUGCCUGCACAGGUAUUUAAAACUUUCCUGUCGGUCAUCAAUUUCGGCAAAUCAGUGGAUACGCAAAGUCAACCUAAAAACGAACGGAAUGAACAGAGAUUUAAGGGCAAAAAUCGAAGCAUGCAAUCGCACAGCCGAAGAAUUUACGCGUCUGUACUACGCCUCUUUGGACAAUCGGCGCCAUCAAAUGGGUCGUUUGUAUAUAGAGAGUGCUAAACUAACAUGGAAUGGCAACGGCGCACUGGGCCGUGAGCCCAUUGAAAAACAGUUCUUAGACUUGCCGCCGUCGCGUCAUCAGCUGACAACGCUGGAUUCUCAGCCCAUCCUUGACCCGGCUGUGGGCGAUCAGAUCACGUAUAUGGUUCUGGGCAGCGGAACGGUCAAAUACGCUGAGCAUCCGACGUGCAUCUUUCAGCAAUCCUUUGUCAUAACCGCUGAGAAUGAUAAAUGGAAAAUCGCUUCGGAUUGUUAUCGCCUGCAGGAGCCGAUAAUUUAAACAAUUUACCGAUUCGAAAAUGUUAUCAUUAAAAAAAAAAAAGAAAGAAUUCUAUUAUAAAGCCUAUGGCAACAGCG